AUGAUCAGCGCGCUGCGUUUUUUUCGUGCUACCAUAUACGGCAACCUUACGCGGAUCUUUUCCGAUCACAAGCCGCUGACGUUUUUGCUUAAGCACAAGAAGAUGCACGACAACUUAGCUCGCUGGAUCGUAGAACUUCAGAGCUACAAUAUCACCAUAGAAUAUCUUAAGGGCUCUUCUAAUACGGUCGCUGACUGUCUCUCCCGAAUCAGUCUUGCCUCCUCCCAGUUUCGAGAGAACUCGCCGGAAAGCGACGACAUUGUCGAGUUUCCCCGCUGUUUGGCUGGAGUUCCGCUCUCUGCAAGCGAACCGCUGCUGCAUCAUUCUCCGAUUGCAAUCCGACCACACGACCUGGUCAUUGAACAGCAACAGGACCGAUUCUGUAGGGAUAUUGUGCACUUUCUCAAAAACGGCACCUUCCCUGAGGACGUCGAUGAUAGUCGUAAGGCAUCUCUACUUCAGAUAGCUGAGCGAGCUCGUUCACAUCUUUCCGCUUACUUCUACGCACGCUUCACUGCUUUGUACUUCCGCGAUCAGUUCCUGUUCUUUCAGGCUGCCGCCCCUCCCGUCGGUGAUAACUUUCCGAAGGUUGCGUUCAUGGAUGAUAAUCCCAGCGGCAAUUCGCCCCGUUCGGAAACAGGUACCGGGGUGCGCCCCACUUCACCUUCUUCUGGUCAUACCUUGGCCGAUAGCACAGUUCUACUCCCAGCAGACGACGAUAGAGAUUCUAUGGAGGUUGACACUCUUCUGAGGACGCUGAAGCAAUGCCCCAGUACCGCCGAUCCGGACGUUUCGCGAGGAUCCUCCUUGCUGGCAGAGUCUCCGCGAAAUGCCGCUGACCUCUCACCG